AUGGAUGAGGAGGAUCCUUCUCGGUCCGUUGUGGCGGUGAAUCCAAACUUGGAGAGUUCUCUGCUGCUCGUCCCCAUCGCUCUGGGUCUCUGCAUUUACAUCUUCACCUUCUGCUCCCAAAGGGUCAAAGGUCGCCUCUUUGGGCAGUCGCUCUACACUUCUAUCCGCUGGAAAGAGAGUGAGCUCCGUGGCGUGCAGCACACCCACAUGUCUCUGUUCACUCUGCUCGGGUUUGACACCUUCACCGCCAUCUUUGGGAUCAUGUACAUGGCCUUCGUUCUGCGCGAUGUGUGUCAGAGAGAAGCGCUGGGCUGCUUGAUCAUCUCUAAAAUGUGGAUGGCUUUCCGCAGGCUUAGUCUGUCCCAACACCUGAUCACAGCUCUGGUCGCCGUGCUCUUCCUCUACCGUCCUAAAUGGGCGUCUGGGAUCCGCCUCGUGGGGAAAUGCCUGGAUGCUCCACCGUUCAUCCUGGUCAUUGUGACCGUGCGGCUGUUUCCCGGAGUGAUCGUGGCUGUGGACGUCUUUAACCUCCUGCUGAUGGUGUCUAUCGCCGUGGUGUGUUUGAAGCAGGCUCAGACCAGGAUGGCCAAACAGAGGAGGCUGCUGGGAGUCCUGGCUGCUGUCACCUACGUCCUCGUCUGUCUCCCCAACGCCGUCCUCGACUGUCUGCUCCUGAAGUCACAUGACUAUCUCCCACUGGCCUUCGAUGUUUUCUGCAUCACAAACUUCUACUUUGUCCUGGACGCUCUGCUGUUUUAUCUGGUUCUGAAAAUAAACGUGGAGGAAGAAGAGCCACAGUACGAGGCGGCCAUUAGAGAAGUGUAA